AUGGAGGUCAAAAACAACACAGUAGAGGUUGCACGGUCGGUGGGUUCACAGCAGGGCGAUGAGCCAGAGUCACCCCCUGUCCAGCCUGAAAAGGGGACCAAUGCCGAAUUAGAAGAGAAAUCGGGAGAGUUCGCCUUAGAAAUAGAAGCUACUGAAUAUCCUAGUGGCAUUCCACUGUUCUUGAUCAACCUAAGUCUGUGCCUUUCGGUGUUUUUAACUGCUUUGGAUAACACAAUCAUCGCAACUGCCAUUCCAAAGAUUACGGACCAAUUCCACAGUCAGUCCGACAUUGGAUGGUAUGGAAGUUCCUACCUUUUGACUCAGUCGUCGUUCCAGUUGCUCUUUGGGAAGUUCUAUACUUGCGUCUCGAUUAAAUGGGUUUUUUUAACCGCGAUCGGAAUCUUCGAGCUAGGCUCGCUCGUCUGUGGCGUGGCUCCAAAUUCAACAGCAUUGAUUUGCGGUAGAGCUAUUGCGGGCCUAGGGUCUGCAGGCAUUUCUAGCGGUGCUUUAGUUAUUCUCACAUACUCCGUCCCACUUACGAAGAGACCAAUGUACACCGGCCUCAUUGGCGCUAUGUACGGCAUCGCAUCUGUUGCUGGCCCAUUGCUCGGUGGUGUUUUCACCGACAAGGUUACGUGGAGGUGGUGUUUUUACAUCAAUCUUCCAAUCGGAGCUAUCGCUGUCCUCGUUAUUCUGGUCUAUUUUAAGUCACCUGAAAGAGCCAAAGUCGAUAAUCUUGGAUGGAAAGAGCGUGUGGUGGAGUUUGAUUUACAUGGCACAGUUGUUUUUAUGCCGGCUAUUAUCUGCCUGCUUCUAGCACUUAAAUGGGGCGGGACUACGUAUGCGUGGUCUAGUUGGAGGAUCAUCCUCCUCUUCGUCCUCUUUGGUGUCCUGAUUGUAGCAUGGGUCGGGAUCCAAUUCUGGAAAGGAGACUCUGCUACUGUUCCACCACGCAUGCUGACAAAACGAUCAAUAGCUAGUGCAUCUUGGUUUGCCUUUACUAUGGGUUCAUUCUUCCUCGUGUUGAUCUAUUACCUUCCAGUGUGGUUUCAGGCUGUCAAAGGCGCAUCGGCGGUCAAAUCUGGCAUUAUGAGUCUGCCAUUGAUCCUAGGAUUGGUCAUAGUUUCGAUUGUCUCCGGGGUUACUGUCACCCUUGUUGGUUACUAUGCGCCCUUUAUGGUCGCAGCCUCGAUAUUUUCUACCGUAGGAGUAGGUUUAAUGACGACCUUUCAACCUAAUACUGGCCAUCCUGAGUGGAUUGGGUACCAAGCAUUGGUUGGCAUUGGUAUAGGCUGCGGGAUCCAACAACCUCUUAUCGUCGUCCAGACCGUACUCGUCCUCUCUGAAGUUCCGAUUGGCACAUCGGUGAUGUACUUUCUACAGACUCUGGGUGGAGCCUUGUUUGUUUCCAUCGGCCAAAACGUCUUUGUCAACAAGCUAGCAAUCGACCUCGCGAAAUACGUGCCAACUCUUAACCCCAGUAUCGUAUUACAGACGGGAGCAACUAGUAUCCAAAGGACGACUGACAAGGAAUACCUUCCAGGGGUGACUUUGGCAUAUAACAAUGCCCUUGAUCGCGCUUUCUUGGUUGCCACUAUUAUGGCAGCUCUCACGAUUAUUGGUGUAUUGACCGUUGAGUGGAGAAACAUCAAGGCAAAGAAACCUAAGGGGAACGAGGAGCACGAGAACGGCGAUCCUAGGGGGACAGAGAGGACCGAUGUCUAA